AUGCGCUUCACGAAUGGCUGCUACGACACGAUUAACCCUCGAGAUACUUUUCAGGGUGAUCGUCAUCCAUAUUCGUACUGGACAGAGCACACACCAUUCUACCUACGAGAUGAAUUUCAGGACGCACGUAUGAAGGUUCGGGAGCAUAUUCGACGCGAGAUGUCAUCGCCUCUUGUCGGUUCAGAAUUCACUCGAAUACAAGUUGGGCCGAGACAAGAAGCACGACUAUCGCUCGGCUCCCGUGAACGGAAACUGAACAGCUCCCGUGACCUGUCAUCAAAGAGAAGAGUGAGUUUGGCGGGAGCAAGAGAAAUCCAGAAGGCUCAUUUCCAUCAGCCCCAUGUGCCAUUGCCUGGUCAAGACGACGAAACCCCAUCCAAGCCGCCGAAAAAAGCGCCCAAGCCUUUUCAGAUGUGUGAUGAACCAGUGACUCGUUCUCUGGGUGGAUGUUGGUAUUUCAAUGACGCCCACCCUUCUGUCUCCCAGUCCCGAUACAAACGACAGAUUGAAGAGGCCAGACUUGAGGCGGAGCAAAAGAAAAUGAGGAACCUUGCCUGGCUAAUGGAAUACGAAACUUCGGGAACAUAUGGAUCUUCAAGUCCCGCCCUAGAUUUCUCUGAUGAGGAAUCAUACAGCGGCAGCCAAGAUGAUUUAUCUACCAAAUUCAUGCAGGACCUCCCUGGUCUGGACGAGACCUUUUUCGGCACCUAUCCUCUUAUCGAAACCGACUGGAUGAUGCCCUACUUACCGAGUGAUUACUUUCCUAACGACACAUUGUUCAAUCCAUACGUUGAGCAGGAUCAUAUGAUGCCCAGAGGGGACGUAGCUAUCGGUGAAAACGAUAAGAAUGACAAUCUGUACAAUGAGAAGCAUGUUUCGACGAUGUGGCAAGGGCCGAUGAAUUUCUAA